GUUGAGCCCGCCCCGCAGCUCCUCUCUGGCUCAACAGGUUGCUGCUGCGGCUCUUAGUCACUGGAAUCUAGGUGGGGCUCUCUCCUCCCUUAGUGCCUUUCUGCUGAUUAAAAAGCAGCUCUCUCUCUCUCACACACACUCUCUCUCUCAAAACACCCCACCCUGCAGAAUCCAGAAAGAGCUCUCAGGCUUGUGCACCCAUUAUCUGCUGAAGGCCCUGACUGCUGCAUGAGAUGGCGACGUGUACCCUUGCCUGCUGGAGAUGCAGGUGGCUUCUGCCCCUUCUCCUGGGCUUAGCUAUCAUCUUGGGCAUCAUUGCACUGUCCGGCCGGGGCUGGCUGGAAUCGGAGUCCGCGCCCUACCAGCACCAAGCGUCAUUAUGGGAGAGCUGCACCCGGUGGGACAAUGACCUCAACUGGCAAUGCCAGUCCCUCAUGGACUACUCCUGGGGAAGAGCAGCAGCUGCCACCUACCUCGUCGGCUUCGUGAUCCUAGUCAUCUGUUUUGCCCUAGCAGUUAUUGCGUUCUCCGUUGAUAUACUUCGUUUCAACUUUGUGCGAGGAAUCGGUGGCUUGAUCUUUGUCGCUGCGAUAUUCCAGAUCAUAUGCCUGGUCAUCUAUCCAGUGAAGUUCACAGAAGAAAUCCAAAUGAUGGGAUCUAAUAUGUUCAGCUGGGCAUAUGGCUUUGGCUGGGCCAGCACUAUUAUUCUAAUAGGCUGUGGUUUCUUCUUCUGCUGUCUUCCGAACUGGGAGGAUGAGGUGCUGGGUAACAUCAAGCCAGCAUAUUAGUACUCUUCCCCAGAGAGGAGUUGAAAAGCACAUUGUAUAAAAUGAAAGAAUACAUUAAAAUAUAAACACACUAAAAAUUACAGUUCAGGAACUUUGAUAAUUGGAUGUUACAGGCUGAAAAAAAAAAUUUAUUUUUCCAGAAUGUUUUGAACUUGUGCUGACGCUGAGUUAGCAGAAAGGCUUGGCAACCUGAAGCAAACAUUUUAGAAAUUUUAGGUAAAAGAUCAGAAAGUUUGUAUUUUCAUAUUCAUAUCUGAUAUGGAUUGAUUUUGGGUUAGUCAAUUUGUUGCCUUUCUCUACAUGCAAAAGUUCCUACUAAUUAAGUCACUCUUCCCCACAUUUGUUUAGACAUCCAUAUAUAAAAAGAAUUUAGUACUUAAAGUACAGAGGGAGAGAAACAGAAGGGCAUUUUGAUUUUAACCAGAAACACUGCAGAACCCUUUUAUUCCCUUCCUGGUAUCUUUGUUUUUAUGUUUUAUGUGGAAAUUUGUCAGUAGUGAAAUAGAAUAAAAAAAAUUUUUUUUCAAAGAACGUUCUUUUUUUUUUCUUCCAACAUAAUUAGUCCCAAAGAAGAAUUUUUGCUAUGCAAGUUCAUUGCAAACCUAAGUCUCCUAAGAAUUUCUUCUCCCCUCCAUAUUAUUGGACUGAUAUCCAAUACUAAGUAGUAGAAAUUGGAUCUAGAGAAAUUAGAAACUUAAAACAAAAUAUUUUUCCACUGACCGUUGCAGUUAGAUGGCAUGUUCCUCAAAAGCAUAAAGUGAAUGUCUGUGUGUACAAUAUUAAUGCUGUGCGCUGGUGUAACAUUUAUUGGCAUUCGUUUGUGAAGACUGCAGUACUCCUAUGUGAUGAAACCAUGAGUGAAUAACACAAAUCAUUCCAAGAGUACCAAUAAAAGCUUCAAACCAUCAAACACCAUCAUGUAUUUUUUAUGCUGCAUUUUAGAUAUGUUAGUUUAGAAAAUAUUUUAGAGUUGUAUUUUGUUUUUAAAUCGGUACUAUUUUUCACAUCCCUCCACCUUUAAAACCAGGUUGCCUUAGCUAUCAGACAGGCUUUGGAGGAAAAUUUUAAAAUACAAUUUUAAAGGUUUCAAAAGUGAUUUAAAAUAGAUUUUCUGUAUUUCAGAGUAUAGCAAAUUUAAGGUCUCAUAUGAUGAGAACCACCGGUUCACAUCACAGGUCUCUGUAUGAGUGUGCAUAUAUUUACACACAUUUCACUGGAUAAUCUGAAAUCCCAACUGAGUGGGAUAACGCAUGUGAUUCUAGACUUGAUAGAAAUAUCUAAGAGAUAUAGACGUAUUCAAAAGUAGGGACUUAUCACCUUACUAUCUCAACACCAAUGACAUCAGGCCUCUAAACUGUGGAUCCCUCACUGAUGCAGCAAAUGUAAUUUUAGAUCUGUACUUUUUACCUUAUCUUCAUUUGAAGAGAAAGAAGGAAACUUUUUUUGUGGCAGGUAAUUUUUUUUUAAAGUGGUGACUAUUUGAAGCUGCUCCGAGGUUGCAAAUCCUGAAAGUAGCUCUGGCACAGCUAUAUUACUGGUAGGGUACAAGUGAAGUGGUGAAAAGUGCAAAGCAAAUGCACGUGGUCACAUCCUUCCAUUGUUUUUUCAAGUGGUCUGGGGUUUAUAUCACAUGGCUGCAGAAAUAAAAUAACGUAUUCCAAGUUAUCAUGACACCAUACUGUAGGUGGUGUGUGUGUGUGUGUAUUUACAUAAUGUACAAAACACAUACAAAAAUAUAAGCUAUAAGACAUAACCAGAACACAGUAGAACUAAAAUACAUUAAAACUAAGUUUUCUCAAUGGCCAAUCUAUUUUGUAUUAUAUUUUGUAUUAUAUUGUAGUUUUGUAAUACACCUUUUGCUUUUGGUGAAAAUGUAUAAUUAUACAUGUUAUAAUCUCAGUCAUGGCUAGCCAAUCAACUAAAUUUAUGAUUCUUGCUGGGAAGGAGCCUCUAUUUCUGUACAGUACUACUGCUGGUGGGGACUACAAAUUAAUCUGUACCAUUAAUAUGAUAAUAUAUAGUUGUACAUUGAGCACAAAACCCAACAAGGAAUAGUGAUGCUGUCUGGCAAAUACCUUGAACAGCCAAAGAUCUGAAGCAAAACAAGACCUGAAGGUGGAUGUGCACACUUGGAGAGAGGUUGAGUAGAAGUGUGUUGCUCAGAAUUACUGAAGUGUUUUGUAUGUUUUUGUAAUCAUUGUCAUACUUGACAAAAAAAGAAAGUUAAAUAUAAACCAAGUUGAGUUCCAGAAGUAUUUUGAAAGGAAACAAAAGCAAAAUGUUAUGGCUUGUUAUGUUCAAUUCAGCUGUUCAGGAAUAAGCAAUUGCAAAUAUUUUAAUAAUAAACUACUUUCAAUAAUGA